AUGUACGUGUACGAAUGCAGGACGUGCGGGCGGACGUUCCCGACGUUCCAAGCGCUGGGCGGCCACCGGACAAGGACAGAGAUAAUGGAUGCUCUAGAGGAGGUGGCCGGAGGUCCCAACCAGCUGCAGGAUCUCUCCCACAUCGUCAAGGGCAAAAGAACCAAACGCUCACGCUCAACGCCCCAUUCUCCCAUCUCUUUCACCAUGAUCACGGCGACCACCACACCGCCGCAUUCUCCCCCCGCCGGAGAUGCUGCUGAUAACGCCGCAACUUCCGCGCCGAUCCCCGCCCCGCCCACGCCCGAGGACGAGGACAUGGCUCGCUGCCUCAUGCUCCUCUCCCAAGGCGGCGGCGGAGCCUCGCGCCAUCCCCCUCCCGCCAUUCCCAAGUCUCCGAUUCACAAGGAGGAGGAAAUCGGCGGCGCGUACAAUAAUACUGGCGGCGCGUGGAAUAACAAUGGCGGCGCGUAUAACAACAACGGCGGCGCGUGGAACAAUGGCGGCGGCGGGAGCAAAUUCUGCAGCAAGAAAUACAUAGAGACGACCACCGGGGGCGGCGGGGGAGGGGGAGGGGUGAAAGUGGGGAUGUACGUGUACGAAUGCAGGACGUGCGGGCGGACGUUCCCGACGUUCCAAGCGCUGGGCGGCCACCGGACAAGCCACACCAAGGAGAAGGCGCCGUUGACGACGGCGGAAACCGCCUCCGCGAAGAGGCCGUUGGCAUUGUACGAUGAAGAAGACAUUAAUCCUUAUCCGUUCAACAAGGCCCCCAAAAUCUCUUCGGCCCCAUACCAUUUCUACGAUUCCGCCAACAAGUCCUCGCCCAGGAUUCACGAGUGCUCCUACUGCGGCGCAGAAUUCUCCUCCGGCCAGGCGUUGGGCGGCCACAUGCGACGCCACCGUAACUCCGCCGCCGCCGCCGCCGCCUCGCCGUUGAGCCCCAGCUCUUCCAGUUUGGAGAAAAGGGUACCCCAAAAGGAAGAAAACAAUGGGAAAUGUUUGAAUUUGGAUCUCAACCUCCUCCCCGCCGGAGAAGAUAAUCAAGAUCACCGCCGUGCUAGGGAGCUGCCGGAAAAUCAAGAACAACAACCUCCGCCAGUUGAACCAACCCUUUUUCUGUCCACCACCCCACCGCUGGUUGGCUGCAAAUACAUAUAAAAUUAUUAAGUACUUUUUAAAUUAUCUUUGUUGUUUAUUUCAUACAAUUUUAUGUUUAUUUUGCUUUUGUUUAAAUUUACUUGCAUUAUGACAAUGUUCGAAUGUACA